AUGAGCAUCACAGGCCCGGAUAGGAAGGGGAGGGCUGGGAAGCAGGAUGAGGUGGAGGAUGGCCUGGGACAAGAUGAGGAGGUGCAGAACUCCCACUCUUACUCUGGCAGCAGCAGACAGUUGCCUAUGGAGCCCUGCAUGGAGCCUCGCAGGGACUCUGUGUUUCCUCCGCAAUGGAGAAUUACACACAGCUCCCGCCAGCUAGCGCAGGUGUUGGCCUCAGGGCUCAGCCUGAUCGCCUUCAUCCUGCUGCUGGUCAUGCUCUUCUCCAAGAAAUGGCUGUGCCUCUCUAAGAGCCGCUUCUACCAGCGCUGGCCCACAAAUGUUAGCAAGAGAAUCUACACGUCGGCCCAUUUAAUGUCCAUGGGGCCCCUACAGAUCUGCAAAUCCAAGAGCUGUUCCAACUCAGAGAAUGGGAAAGUUACCUUCAUUUUCUCCACCCUGAUGUUGUUCCCUAUUAACAUCUGGCUGUUCGAGUUGAAGAGGAAUUUAUCAGUCCCCUUGGGCUGGAGCUAUUUCAUUGGUUGGCUGGUGUUUAUACUAUACAUCACCUGUGCGGUCCUCUGCUACUUCAACCAUAAAAGUUUCUGGCGUCUGAUUCUGAGCCGUUCCUCUGGUGCCGUGUCCUCCAGCAGCAGUUCCAGCUCAGAACUUUCAGUCCAGCAGUUCCAAGACUCUGUGAAUAAGCAGAUUGUCUCAAACACCUCUGUCAACCAGGAGGAAGUCCUGGAUCCUGAGCAAAAGAAGGCAUCUCUAUAA